CUUAAUCAUAUCUCAACUCGACCAGCCCAGCUAGACGAUCACAGACGAUCUCAAAUUUGGCACCACCCAAUCAACACGACCGCAUUCAUUUACCAAGAUAUAUUAACCCAUCCUUCAUCUUCAGACAUUUCUCAUUCUCUAGUCUAACAUACGUACCCUCAUCCAUUUAUAUAGUUCUCACUUACCAAUCUACAAACUUAUUGAAUUUUUCCUGCUUAUAACAACUUGUAUACUUCACUAUGAGCCCUACAAUCACCUUCGACAAAAGCGCUCCGCCACCUGCAAUUUCUGGUGACCUUUGGACUGAGACAUCGGACAAGAAGACUAGAGUGGCGCUGCGCGCUGUUUCAGAUGAUGUCUUGGCCCGUGCUUCCCUGGCUAUCAAGGUGUCCUUACCUCGCAAGAUCCUCGAGUUGACAGACAUGAUCUGUCGAUCCGAGACGGACGAGACCUCGAUUUUCCACUCCAAAUGGGACAGCCGCUGGAUCAACACCAAUGCAAUGGUGCCCAAAUCCCCCGCCUUAAUCAACAGCUUCUCGGUCAUUGGCCACACCAACAUGUCCAAUGGGGAUCAAAAGACCCACACGCGUCGGUUCAGCAUCACCCAACAAUGUAGCCCAGUCGAAACUGCGUUCUCAGUUUCUGUUGUCCGACCCCCAACUCACAUUGUUCAACUUUGGGAAGUGCUUGAAGCCCACACCCGACAGAUCAUUGACUUUUUCGAUUUGGUGCAAACUUACCUGAUUUUGAAGACUCCGGUGGCCGAGGAGGGAAACAACACCGGUGUCGAGAUCCAACAACAAUGCGCUAGAACUCUCGCUGACGCCCGAAGAUUUGUGGUAGGAUGUGAAAAUUACUUGAAGUUGUACCAUACCCAAAGAGCCAAGUUGGCGUCCAAAUGCCUUAAAUACCCCCAAUUAGAAGAUUAUCAAAGGGCCUUGACUGAGCGUGACCAUGAAGAGUGCCGAGACUGCCGUUACUUAUUGGUACGACUUAGGCUUCAAUGUCUAGCCGUCGUCGAUGUCUUACACAAGAACUUCGAGAAGGUUGAUGAUCCCAAAGGACUCUCUCGAGGUGGUGCCUCCUCUGUUGGCAUGUAUUAGAGCUUAUCCACUGAUGAAACAAUAUCAGGUUAAUAUGUCCUUCAUGGUUGAUGUCAUCUUCUCUUGCAAAUAUUUCUUCAUACUUAUGCGAUAUAUAUACAUGUACCUUGUUAAAAAUAUGUCAUCUAUUUCAAAUGUAUGCUGCAAUCUUCUACAUCUAUAUUUCACAUAUUCUCGUCAGUAUUUCGUUGCAAUUAAUUUCCAGACGCCCUCGCCAAAAUCUACCCGUGCUUUGACUAUUCU